AUGGCGCGACGACUCCACGGGAAACGGUUCAAGGCGCCGCAGCGGCGAUUAUCGGGCGCGGAUGGCGCGGAGCGACAAGAGUUAGACAAGAAGAAGCGGCGUUAUCGCCCGGGGACGUUGGCGCUAAAGGAGAUUAGGAGGUUUCAGAAGACGACGGAUUUGUUGAUUCGGAAGAUGCCGUUCGCGCGAUUGGUUCGAGAGAUUUCAAACGAGCUCUCGCCCGAACCGUUGCGUUACACGGCGGAGAGUUUGUUAGCGUUACAGGAGGCCACGGAGGACUUUUUGGUGCAUCUUUUCGAGGACUGCAACCUUUGCGCGAUUCACGCCAAGCGCGUGACCAUCAUGCCCAAGGAUUUGCAGCUCGCUCGACGCAUUCGAGGCCCAAUCUACGGCGUCGCCGCCUACUAG